AUGGGAUUGGAUGACACUCACGCAGACCUACGGAACCAGAUUCUAUUGAAAGAUCUGUUGCCUUCACUAGAUGAUGUGUUCAAUCUUAUCCUACAAGGAGAGGCGAAUCAUGAGCUUACUAACCCGGUCCAAAAUAUUUCAAAAUCUGCAGCAAUGACAGUCAACAGUGGCAGACCUCAAAACCAAAAGGGAAAUGCCAAACAAACAAAAGGAAACUACAAGGGAUCGGGUCCUAAAGAGAGAGCACCAUGCACGAAAUAUGGGAGAACAAAUCAUAUCGUGGAAACUUGUUGGGAAAUCUAUGGAUACCCUCCAAACCACAAACUGUAUAAGCCAAGAACUGGAGGUGGGAACCAGCAUAAGAUGGCCAACAGUGCAUCCUUAGAUGAAGGCUCAGGAGUGACAAAUCUAAACAUCUCGCCAGACCAAAUACAGCAGCUCAUAACCCUUUUGCAAUGCCAAAAUUCCACUCCAUCUAGCAGCAAGUCAGAAAAUCAAGGUAUAAAUUUACCAAAACAUAAUGGUAAGCUUCUUGCUGCUUCAUCUAUUUCCUUGAGACAUUCUUUAAGCUGCACAAACAACAUCAUCAAUAGAAGUGCAUGGAUUCUGGACAGUGGGGCAACUGAUCAUAUCACAGGAUCUCUUGAGCUCCUCACACAGAAAAGGCCUUUGAAAAAUGUCUCGGUUAACCAACCCAAUGGCACUACGGUACCAGUUUCACAUAUAGGGACUGCCAUCAUUUCAUCUACUCUCAUUCUGAAAAAUGUCCUAUACGAGCUGGACACUUGGAGGACGAUUCGAAUUGCUAGAGAAAAACAAGGGCUCUAUCUUUUGGAGAAGAAUCAGCUCAGGGACAAGUUGCCAUCUCACCAACCCAUGGCCAACUCUUCAUCUGUUUUGACACCAGAAUUGUGGCAUUUACGAUACCCGAAUGGCAUUAAAGGUUACAAACUCUUAGACUUGAAGACUCAAGAAAUCUUCAUUAGUCGUGAUGUAGUCUUCUAUGAAAACACAUUCCCCUUCCUAAACACAAAUCAACUACCCUCACUCUUACAAACACUUCCUCUCUCAACACUUGAUGACCAGCCCGUAAUACUCAACCCCAUCUCAGAAUAUUUUGAGUCUACUCCAAUAGCACCUGCUCAAACCAGCCAUGACACCACCAUUGAAACUUACACACCUGCAGAGCACUCCCAUCCUAGUGACUCAUCCCAGCCAGAGCUACACUUACCCAUGCCGGCACUCGCUGACCCUGAGCUAAGAAGAUCCACUAGACAAAGACAGCAACCUAGCUAUCUCCAAGAUUUCCAUUGCCGACUUGUUACCUCUCUAGCAAUGCCACUUGGUUCUUCUGUUGUACAACAAAUGGAUGACGGUAAAUCUCAUUCCCUUUCCUCUGUCCUCAAUUAUGAUAACAUGUCCCCGGCUCACCGCAGCUUCAGCUUAGCCAUCACCAUUGAACCUGAGCCCACCUCAUUUGCUGCAGCUAACCAGCAUUCUCAUUGGUAA